AACUGCUAAUCUAAACUCACUGUCACUAUUCAAGAAUUUUCAAUCUUCUUCUUGAAGUCUCCCGGUCAAUAUUUAACACGCAGAAGUCCUACAAAGCAAGAAAAACACCCCAGAAAUAUCUGGAGAAUUCAGCUGAUCUCCAAUUCCAUUGAUUAUUCUGCAAAUCCAAUCAAAUGGGGUGUUCUCGGGGACUAAAAGCCGCACUCUUGCUUGGAGUUGCGUUGCUGAUUUUCACGGAAUCAGCGGUGGGUCGUUUCGUGGUGGAGAAGAAUAGUUUGAAGGUCAUGUCGCCAGAUAGCAUAAAGGGCAAUCAUGAUAGCGCCAUCGGUAAUUUCGGGAUUCCACAAUACGGUGGAAGCAUGGCUGGAGCUGUUGUAUAUCCGAAGGAUAAUCAGAAAGGAUGUGAUGAUUUUGGGAUUUCUUUCAAGGCUAAACCUGGAGCGAUGCCUAAUUUUGUUCUUCUCGAUCGUGGAGAAUGUUUUUUUGCUUUAAAGGUUUGGAAUGCCCAAAAUGCUGGUGCGGCUGCAGUUUUAGUGGCUGAUUACAUCGAUGAAGCAUUGAUCACAAUGGACUCACCCGAAGAGAGUUCUAAAGCUGAAAAGUACAUCACGAACAUUACAAUUCCAUCUGCAUUGAUUGAUAAAAGUUUUGGUGAAAAGUUGAAGGAGGCAAUCAGUAAAGGCGACAUGGUGAAUGUAAAUCUUGAUUGGAGAGAAGCUGUUCCCCAUCCGGAUGAUCGGGUUGAAUAUGAACUGUGGACUAACAGCAACGAUGAGUGUGGAUUCAAGUGUGAUAUGUUGAUGGAGUUUGUGAAGGAUUUUAAGGGCGCAGCUCAGAUUCUCGAGAAAUCUGGCUAUACUCAAUUUACACCACAUUAUAUCACAUGGUAUUGCCCUCAGGCAUUUACCAUAAGCAAACAGUGCAAGUCUCAAUGCAUCAACCAUGGAAGGUAUUGUGCUCCAGAUCCCGAGCAAGACUUCAGCACAGGUUACGAGGGAAAAGACGUUGUCAUUGAAAACUUGAGGCAGCUAUGUGUGUUCAAGGUAGCCAAUGAAACUAAAAAGCCUUGGAUGUGGUGGGAUUAUGUUACAGAUUUCCAAAUUAGAUGCCCCAUGAAAGAGAAGAAAUACAAUAAGGAAUGUGCUGAGGGUGUCAUCAAAUCAUUAGGGCUUGAUCUGAAAAAAAUUGAAAAAUGCAUGGGUGAUCCUGAGGCUAAUUCGGACGAUCAGGUUCUGAAGGAAGAGCAGGAUGCUCAGGUUGGCAAAGGCUCACGUGGUGACGUGACCAUAUUGCCUACCCUUGUGGUGAAUAAUCGGCAAUAUCGGGGAAAAUUGGAGAAAGGGGCAGUAUUGAAGGCUUUAUGUGCUGGUUUUGAGGAAACAACAGAGCCAUCUGUUUGUUUAAGUGGUGAUGUAGAAACAAAUGAGUGCUUGGAUAACAAAGGUGGCUGUUGGGAAGACAAAUCAAACAAUAUUACUGCUUGCAAGGAUACAUUUAGAGGAAGAGUGUGUGAAUGCCCAGUAGUUAAUGGCGUGCAGUUUAAGGGAGAUGGAUAUAGCUCUUGCGUUGCAAGUGGACCUGGGCGCUGCAAAAUCACUAAUGGUGGAUGCUGGCACGACACCAGAAAUGGGAUCACUUUCUCUGCUUGUGUGGAUAAUGCAGAUGGGAAAUGCACAUGCCCUCCAGGAUUUAAAGGUGAUGGUGUCAAAAGCUGUGAAGAUAUUGAUGAAUGUAGCGAGAAGAAGGCAUGUCAGUGCCCUGAAUGCAGUUGCAAGGAUACUUGGGGCAGUUAUGAGUGUACCUGUAGCGGAGACCUGUUGUACAUCAGGGACCAUGAUACCUGCAUAAGUAAGAGGGCUACCGAGGUCAGGUCUGCCUGGACUGCUGUUUGGGUCAUUUUUCUCGGAUUGGCUAUGGCUACCUGUGGAGCAUAUCUGGUGUACAGAUAUAGGCUGAGGUCGUAUAUGGACUCGGAGAUACGGGCUAUAAUGGCACAAUACAUGCCCCUAGACAGCCAAAACGAAGUUGUAAGUCAUGCAAACGAAGAGCGUGCUUGAAGAUGGGGAAUAGGCAUUUGCAUGCAAGGGUGUGACGUUGCGGUAACGCGGUUGGGAAGAUAAAGAGUUAUAUAUAUUAGUAAAACUUGUUGGGAUUAUGAAAUUUAACCCUCAGAUGUAUUUGGUGAACAAGAAAGAAAGGUGAUAGGUUCGAACUGUGUACAUUUUAGCAGAUAGUAGCAUUUUGUAUACAAUAGAUGAUGCAUCAAACCCUUUUCUUGAUGCAAGGAAAGACACCUUGUUAUUCACAAAACGAGUCUUGUAUUAAUUUAAUAUUGUGGAAAAUUAGGAUUUUAUGUGGACC